AUGGAUGAAGAAUGCGUCCCCAUGCACAGGGAAGACAGUGCUCAGGAGAGAGGUUCUGGUUUAGAAGAUGAGGACAGUGAGGAAGAGAUGGUUGAAGAUGACUCCGGUUGUAAGAGUGGCUCAGAGCAGCUGAGCGGCUGGGGGUCCCUUCCUGAUGUGUGCCUGCGGCAUGUAUUCAGGUUUCUUCCUGAUCGUGAUCGCAGGAGUGCAGACAUGGUUUGCCAUCACUGGCACAACGUCAUGCGCUCUCCCUCUCUCUGGCGCUCCCGUUUCUUCCACUUCAGUGGUCGGCUUUCCAAAUUCAGGCAGUCUGAAUACUGCUCGGCUGUGUCCUAUGUCCGCUAUCUGGGAGUCUACCUGGAGAGGCUUGAGGUGUGUGUGUGUCCUCCACGCAGGUCCUCACUAGCCCAGCGACUGGAGCAAGCCAUCACUGGAUUGUUUUCUGAGCUUGCCAGAGUAAAGGCCCCACUGCGGUCCCUCUCCCUUGUAAGGCUGGAAUUGGAUCGGACAGCCUGGACUUUAAGGCUCAGGAACUCGUUGGUAAACUGCCUGAUUCUCUUCCUCCGCAGCGGGGCCUCAAAGCUCACCUCCGUUUGUCUGAACGGGAUGCGAAACUGCAUGUAUCAGGGUCUCGAGCUGCUUUCUGCCUUGUCACAGUAUCAGAGGCACUUCUACCCCCAGUGCUAUAUCUCCUCUUUGGACUUGGAGGGAUUCUUUUCUGCAGCUGUGCAUGUCCACCUCGACUCCACUGUGCCCUAUUUCCUGCGCCAACUGCAAGGCCUCGCCGAGCUGAACCUGAGUUACUCCUGCCUGUCAGAUGAGCUGCUAGCCGCUCUCCAGCGGAGACACAGAGGACAGAGGCAAAACUCCACGAGAGAUGGGAACGGCUUGCAAACAUUCUCACUGCACUGCACUUUGAAUGAGCCCCAUCGACAACUGGUGCGUGGUGGCUCAUGGGCAGCUUUGGCAUCAAGCUUCCCGGACCUGCAAGUAAAGCUUACAGUGGACCAAGUCAUCAACUCCCACUGGCUUGCAAGGAUACUGCUGCGCGAGAUUCCUCUGACAGAAUACACCAUGACAGCUUUCUACUCCCCUGAUGAAGGCUGGAGCGCCAAGCCCCUCCUUUCUAACAUGCUGCCUCAGUACAGACGCAGCCUGCAGUAUCUGACCCUGGACCUGAGCAACUGCGGUGAAUCACUUGAUGAUGAGCUGCUGGAGCUGGUUAAGAUGUGUGAGCGUCUGGAGCAGCUGAGUGUCUGGGCUUUCUUGGAAAUCAGGACCGUGGAGAGGCUGCUGCAAACCAGACUGACACAAAGGAGCUUACUCAACAAGAUCAGAGUGAGAAUCUACUCAGUAAAUGACAACGCCGCGGACCAGGAAGACCAGCUAGAGGAAAUGUUAUCUUCCUACCUGCAUCUCCCACCUGAACUGGACUUUUUUGCCAAAGUCUACCCCUUCGUAUGA